CGUUGCCGCGGCAACGAGCGCGGGGGCUGCUGGGAAUGGCGGGAGCGGCCCAACGGGGGUGGCGAAGCCUCCGAGAGGUUUGGGGUGAAAACGGGGGGGUUUGUGGGGCCGCUGUUUGACGUCACCGCCGCCUAAGUGACGUCGGCAUGACGGCGGAUGACGUCACGCGGGGGCUGGGGCUGGAGGAGCGCGCUGAUUGGCUGCUGAAGAGGAGCCAGGCCCUCCUGAACUUCCGGCCCCGCCCUCUCCGCGCCGGCCCCGCCCCUUCUGGCCCCGCCCACCCCGAUCUGCUCCUCCAAUGGCGGCUCUUGCGGGCACGGGGGGCGGGGCCAGCGCUGGACACGCCCACAAAGGAGCUGGCGCCACCUUGGAGGUCACGUGGACUGUGGGGGACGCUGAGCAACGGCGGCCAUGCUGGGGGUCACGUGACUCUCCUGAUGAUGAGGAGCGGCGGCCCAUGUCUGGGGUCACGUGACUCCCAUAGUGCCUUGCUGCGGGACCCAUGUGUGGGGUCACGUGACUCCUACAAUGCUGGGGAGCAGCGGCCAUGUCAGGGGUCACGUGACUCCCUUCACGCUCUGUGGCGGAAGCCAUCUUGGCAGUCACGUGACUCCCAUAGGGCCUUGCGGCAGGACCCGUGUUUGAGGUCACGUGACUCCCAUGAUGCUCCACGGCAGGAGCCAUGUCAGGGGUCACGUGACUCCCAUGAAGCUCAGCGACAGCAUCCGGAGUCACGUGACUCCCCCGAGGCCACGCGGCCAAUGAGGAACCGCUCCCAUGAUGCUUUGCGGCGGGAGCCACGCACGGGGUCACGUGACCCCCAUGAUGCUCCACGGCAGGAGCCGUGUCUGGGGUCACGUGACUCCCAUAGUGCCUUGCGGGAGGUGCCAAGUCUGAGGUCACGUGACUCCCAUGAUGCUCCACGGCAGGACCCGUGUCUGGGGUCACGUGACUCUCGUGACGCUCCACGGCAGGAGCCAUCUUGGAGGUCACGUGACUGCCAGGAAGCUGAGCGACAGCGGCCAUGUUUGAGGUCACGUGACUCCCAUGAUGCUCCACGGCAGGAGCCGUGUUUGGGGUCACGUGAUUCCCAUCGUGCCUUGCGGCGGGACCCGCGUGAGAGGUCACGUGACUCCCAGGAUGCCUUGCAGGGGGUGCCAAGUCUGAUGUCACGUGACUCCCAUGACGCUUCACGGCAGGAGCCAUCUUGGAGGUCACGUGACUGCCAUGAAGCUCAGCGACAGCAGCCAUGUUUGAGGUCACGUGACUCCCAUGACACUUCACUACAGGAGCCAUAUUUGGGGUCACAUGACUCCCCUGAUGCUCAGGAGCGGCGGCCAUGUUUGAGGUCACGUGACUCCCAUGACGCUUCACGGCAGGAGCCAUAUUUGGGGUCACAUGACUCCCCUGAAGCUCCGCGACGGGAGACAUCUUGGAGGUCACGUGACUCCCGUGACGCUCAGAAUCUGCAGCCAUGUUUGGGGUCACGUGACUCCCGCGACGCCGAGGAGCGGCGGCCAUGUUUGGGGUCACGUGACUCCCAUGACACUCACCAGCAGCGGCCAUGUCUGCGGUCACGUGACUCCCACAGCGCCUUGCAGCAGGAGCCAUCUUUGAGGUCACGUGACGCCCAUGAUGCUCAGCAACGGGAGGCAUGUCGGGGGUCACGUGACUCCCGUGAUGCUGAGGAGCGGCGGCCAUGUUUGGGGUCACGUGACUCCCAUGAUGCUCAGCGGCGCCCGAGGGGGGGCGGCCAGAAGGAUCCAUGGGGCACACUUGUGGGGCACAAUGGGGCCGUGGGGCAGCAGGAACCAGAUUUAGGGGGUGACCCCGUCCUGCGGCUGUUGAGGGGGCGGAGCCGAGCGCUGCGGGGGCGGCUGCGGGCCGUGGAUUCUUUGCUGGCAGCGCUGGACCCCCCCAAAAAUUGGAGGGGGGGGGAGUUGGCAAUAAAGUGACAAAACCCCCCCAAAAA